AAAGUAGGCUUUGAGUCACUGGAAGAUUUUUUCAGAAGAAGAGGGAGGCGCUCCAGCAUUUAUUGUAUCUAAGAUCUGUUUGCUUUUCCUGACCCCAACAAUCCCUCUAUUUAAGGUCAGCGAUGAGCAGUGUUUUCCUAGUGCAACAGACAGCAGCUUGGACUCGUGUUUGGCUGCCUCUGCUUUCAGCCCAGUGUUGCCGUUCCAUGUCUUCCCAAAAGCUUCUCGUGGGUCCCCCUGCACCUCUGCUACAGCCACUGUUUGUGCCAGAGAGGCUUUUACUGGGUCCCGGACCUUCCAAUUCUCCUCCACGGAUCUUGUCUGCAGGUGGUCGACAGCUAAUAGGGCAUAUCCACAAAGAAAUGAUCCAGAUUAUGGAUGAGAUCAAGCUGGGAAUUCAGUAUGCAUUCCAGACGCAGAACCCCCUCACACUGGCUGUCAGUGGCACAGGCCAUUGUGCCAUGGAAGCAGCCUUCCUGAACAUGGUGGAGAAGGGAGACAAAGUGUUGAUAGCUGUGAAUGGAUACUGGGGUGAACGAGCAACGGAUGUUGCCAAGAGGCUUGGAGGUGAAGUAUAUCAGCUGACAAAAUCCCCUGGAGAGUAUUUUACUUUGGAAGAAGUAGAGAAGGGUUUGCUGCAACAUACUCCCGUUUUAUUCUUUAUCACACAUGGAGAAUCAUCCACUGGAGUACUUCAACCACUGGAUGGCCUUGGCGAUCUCUGUCACAGGUAUAAUUGCUUACUACUGGUGGAUGCUGUGGCAUCUUUAGGUGGAGCUCCAAUUCUCAUGGACCAGCAAGGAAUUGACAUUCUCUACUCAGGUUCCCAGAAGGUUUUAAGUGCACCACCUGGCGCUUGCCCCAUUUCUUUCAGUGAAAGAGCCAGGAAGAAGAUUUAUACCAGGAAGACAAAGCCAGUCUCCUUCUACCUGGACAUGGAGGAGUUGACUAAAUAUUGGGGCGGUGAUGACAACCCAAGAAAAUAUCAUCAUACAGCUCCUAUCAACACAUUUUUUUGUUUGCGAGAAGCCUUGGCAAUUCUUGCAGAAAAGGGACUAGAAAACUCAUGGAAGGUUCACCAGGAGAACAGCCUGUAUCUGUGUUCAGGGCUACAGAAAUUAGGCCUCAAACUCUUUGUAAAAGAACCAGAUGCAAGGCUUCCAACAGUCAACACUGUUCUUGUACCUGAAGGAUACAACUGGAAAGAAAUAACAGAAUAUAUUAUGAAACAUCAUGGGAUUGAGGUUUCAGGAGGCCUGGGUGCUUCAGCUGGCAAGGUUCUUCGAAUAGGACUGAUGGGUUACAACUCUACUAAAUUCAAUGUUGACAGAGUCCUUCAUGCCCUGGAUGAUGCCCUCCAGCACUGUCUGAAGAACAAGCUAUGAGAUCCUACUCCACUGCUCAGAGAAAUUUGCUCCUAUUUGCCCUUUAGCCUUUCCUUUCAAAUUUGCUCAGUAAAGUAUGGUCUAAUUGCUUUAGCCUGCCAUCUUUUUCACUUGAUCAGGCAUGGGAAGUGUUUCACAUGUUGGGAAGUCUUUCACAUCUGGACAGUUAAGCUGAAGUCCUGUGAAGUAAUCAGGGGUUCUUUCUACACAAUCAAAUUCUCAACUAUUUUUCUGCAUUCCAAAAUGGCUGUGUAACUAUAGCUUUCACUUAAUACAGAAAUAAAUGUUGUUUUCAUUGCCAUGUAAUUAUAUGCACAUUAACAGAAGAUGACUAAAUGCAAGAUAUACCCUUAUGUUUGAGUAUUUGACUAGUUGUUGCAGUUCUUUGGAUGAAAUCUAUUUCCUGCACUAUAUUAGCAGCAGAUUUUCCAAGGCUGCACAACAGCAAUAAAAAACAAAAACAAAAUCUGUCUUCUCUUUACAGCCUACUCUCCAGUUCCUUCAAGACUAGAAUGACUGCAGCCUUUUUCCUCCUGUCACUACUGCCUAUACUGAUACAGUUAUAGUAAUGGGUUGUGUGCCUUCAAGUCGUUUCCAACUUAUGGCAACUAUUACAGGAUUUUCUUGGCAGCAUUUGUUCAGAGGUGAUUACCCAUUGCUUCCCCCUGAGGCUGAGAGCAUAUGACUUGCCCAAGGGCACCCAGUGGGUUUCAUGGCUGAACAGGAAUCGAACCCUGGUCUCCAAAGUCAUAGUCCAACUCUCAAACCAUUAUGCCACACUGGCUCUCCGUUACACUAAUACAGAAUAUGAAAAAGAUUUCAGCCUAUUUUUCUUUACACUAAAUAUAUGCUUCUUUGUCCAAGCUAGCAUAAGCAUAUUAGCUUGCAUACAGUUCUGGUGGUAUAUAUAUGUAUAAAAGAAGAGCCACCGUGGUGUAUUGAUUUGAGUGUUGGGCUAUGGCUCUGGAAACCAGGGUUUAAACCCCUGCUCAGAUGUGGAAACCCAGUGGAUGUCCUUGGGCACAUUACACUCAAAACCUUGAAUGUACAUGUCACAGGCAACAAUUACAUGAUCAUAUUGCUUUGAAUGCUCUGAGAACAGGGUACUUAGGUUCAGUUCCAGCAUACCAGCAAUAAAUUGGAUGAAGAUUGCAAAAAUCAAGAGCUAGCUUGGUAUUAGCUUUAGAUCAAAAUAAGUCUCCACACUCUGAAGACUAAUCCAUGUGCCAACCAUACAACAGGUUUCAGAUUUGUGCACUCUUUACCUUGUAGUAUGCACCACCCUUCAACAGCCCUGAAUCCACCCAAGAGGGAACAGAAUUGCUCUGGAGCAUCCCCUCAUUUGUAUCUCCAUUUGCACUGCCUCCUUUGCUCUCCUAGAAUAGGUCAAAUGCUGACUUUAUUAACAGCAAACCAACUCUUUUAAAUCCCUGUCAGUGACAUGUUCUGUUCUCCUCCUUUUGUUCUAUGCCUAAAAUAUUAUAUAAUUCAAUGGAAUUCAAUUAAACGAGAAUUAAAUACAACAACACAGACUGCUAAGUAACUCGUGGAUCAGAAAUUCAAAUUAUCCCCCCCCCAAAAAAAAUAAGAAGCAGACACUCAGGUUGUUGAAUAGACUGAUAUUCUAACAUACUCCUAGAUAGCACUUCUCAACAAUCAUAAGAAUUAGACAAAAACAUUGAAAAGGAAAAUGAGAGUAUUUGCCUGAUUUUGGCAAAUCCAAGUUAACCAACUGCAAUUGUCAUGAUGUUUGGAAAAAAAUCACAUGAGAUAUAGCUAUUUCUCUUUAGAGUAAGCUGCUAUCUGGGACUAACAGGGUAUAGCUAGCUGUCCAGAUAUAAAUGUAUGUCCAUCCCUACCUAUUAUGGUUUAAUCACAAAGAAAAAAAAUGAAAUAAAAUAUCAGUGGGCCCAAGUCAUUUCAAAUAUGUUCUCCAAUAAAAGUUUUUUUUAUUUACA